AUGUCGCCGCCUCGAGGACCCCCCAGCGCCAUCGACUUCUUCGACAUGGCCGCCCCCAAGUACGAGUGGGCCUCCGGCUCCUCCACCCGCGAGGUCGGCCAGCUCGUCCUGCAGCUUCCCCAGCUGCAGGACUUGCAGGGUCCCGCGGCCGUCGUGCUCGACAACGCCUGCGGAACCGCCGUCGUCGCCGAGGAAAUCAUUGCCCAGUGCAAGCGGACCGGCGCCCCGCUGCCCCAGAUCCACGCCGUCGACCCGGCCAAGAAGAUGCUGGCCAUUGCCCAGGACAAGAUUGCCGCCCUGGGCGCCCAGGCCGGCUGCAAGCUGGCCGUCAUGCCGGCCGAGAAGCUCGACUUCCCCGACGCCACCUUCACCCACAGCAUCACCAACCUGGGCAUCCUCUUCUUCGCCGACGCCCCCGCCGCCGCCAAGGAGAUCUACCGCACCCUCAAGCCCGGCGGCGUGGCCGUCGUCACCUCGUGGUCCGACAUGGGCUACGUCAAGGGCGUCAUCCAGCCCGCGCAAAAGGCCGCCCGCCCCGAUGACAAGCCCUUCAACCUGCCCAUCCCGCCCGAGUGGUUCAGCGCCGACCACGUCAAGGCCGUCCUGGAGGACGGCGGCUUUGCCCAGGUCCAGCUUGUGCGCAAGCCCGCGCACUUUGGGGCGCCUGCUCUUCCCGAGCUCAGGGACAUGCUGCUCGAGGCCUUCAUUCACUUGUGGAGCAGGACCUGGUCCGAGGACGAGCAGGUCAAGUUCAAGGAAGCCGUCCUGGAGCACCUGGCCAAGGUGACGGUCCCCUACACCACCCCGAGCGGAGAGCCCGGCGUUGGCGUGCCCAUGGAGGCCAUCAUUGCCGUCUGUCGAAAGUAG